GCUCGUAUUUCAUCGGCAGUGAGGACGCUCUCCGCGGAGGAAGGAAGGGUCUGUGGAAACUUGAGGACAUGCGGCGUCUUCUCCAAACUUUCCGCAAACCAAACUUUCCCAGAGCCGAGGACGGAGCCGAGGUGUGAAGAAUGAACUGAAGCGAGGCGGAGAGGAAGCGGAGAGGCGGCGGAGAAGAGCCGUUCACUCCCAUUGAUCCUUCAUCGAGGGCUGCUGCUGUAACGAUGCAGGCUGCUGCUGCUGCGGCUCUGACUGUGCUGAGUGUUUUCCUUAGCCUGGACGGCCUGUUGGCUCAUCGGUCUGAACCGAACCAGAUACAGCAGCAGAACGACAGAAACGCUCAGAAUGAGGAGGUGGAACAGAACAAGAAGAACCAGCCGCACAUCAUAUUCAUCCUCAUUGACGAUCAGGGUUUCAACGACAUCGGCUACCACAAUCCGACCAUCAAGACUCCCACUCUGGAUAAACUGGCAGCAGAGGGGGUUAAAUUGGAAAACUACUAUGUUCAGCCCAUCUGCACUCCGUCUCGAAGCCAACUCAUCACCGGCAGAUAUCAGAUCCACACAGGAUUGCAGCACUCCAUCAUCAGACCCAGCCAGCCGAGCUGUUUGCCUUCACACAUGGACACUCUGCCCGAGAGGCUCCGCGAGGCCGGCUACUCCACACACAUGGUUGGCAAGUGGCACCUGGGCUUCUACAGGAAAGCAUGUCUGCCCACCAGAAAAGGUUUUGACAGUUUCUUUGGUUCCUUAACAGGAAGUGUGGAUUACUACAGUUAUGGGUCCUGCGAUGGCCCGGGGUUGUGCGGCUACGAUCUCCAUGACGACGAGGGUGUGGCGUGGGGUCAGGAAGGAAAAUACUCCACCACGCUCUUUACACAGCGAGCUCGAAAGAUCAUCGAGAGCCACAACCCUGCCGACAGGCCGCUCUUCCUGCUGCUCUCCCUUCAGGCAGUCCACACUCCUCUACAGCCGCCCAAGUCCUACAUCUACCCCUAUCGGGACAUGGCUAACGUCGCCAGGAGAAAGUUCGCCGCCAUGGUUUCCACAGUGGACGAGGCGGUCAGAAAUGUCACCUAUGCCCUCAGAAAGUACGGAUACUACAGGAACAGCGUCAUCAUCUACUCCACCGACAAUGGAGCUCAGCCGUUCACAGGCGGCAGCAACUGGCCGCUACGAGGCCGUAAGGGCACAUAUUGGGAGGGUGGAGUUCGUGGAGUGGCGUUCGUCCACAGCCCUCUGCUGAGACGCAGGAGACGAGUUUCUAAAGACCUUCUCCACAUCACCGACUGGUUCCCCACACUGGUCGGCCUGGCCGGAGGAAACAUCAGCCAGAGUCCUGGUCUGGAUGGUUUUGAUGUCUGGCCCACCAUCAGUGAGGGGAAAGAGUCACCUCGUCAAGAGAUCCUUCACAACAUUGACCCUCUGCACAAACUUCCAUCUCAAACCAUGAGCUGGGACACCAGCGAAGAGGAAUCUUUGGCGAAAACACCGAAAGGUCCAGCACCAAAGAAGCUGAAGAAGAAGAAGAAGAAGAAGAAGGUUUUGAAACAACAACCUAAACAGAAGUCAGCAUUCAAGUUAAAGACCACCAAGAAACCUCGGACAUUUGCCCAUCAUGCAGCCAAAUCUAAAUCCAAGCCCCUUCCCAAACCGAAGCGUAAGCCCCUUCCCAAAUCAAAGCCCACAUCUAAAGCCAAGACCAAAGCCCACUCUCAGCGCCAGACACUUCCCCAUUACAGGCCAAAUCCCAAGAUUAGCUCCAGCGGUUUUCCAUCAGUGUCAGGAACAUCCCGCCCCAAAUCUCAGAGCCAAUCACAUUCGAAGACCAAAUCCCGGCGGACCACAACUCUGAACCAGAAUUUGUCACAGUUUGGACCAACUCUGCCAAAAUCUAAGAGGCAGCUCAAACUACAUUUCAAGGCAAAAUCCAGGCAGACAUCAUUCCGGUACCAGAAUGUUUCCCAGCCAGGAACACAGUUGCCCAAAUCCCAACCGACCGCCUCGGUUAGUCUCCAGCCAGUGUGGGACACAUCUGUCCAGGCUGCCAUCAGAGUGGGAGACUGGAAGCUGCUAACAGGAGAUCCAGGUCACGGAGACUGGGUCCCGCCACAGGUGCUUCCAACUCUCCCUGGUCGCUGGUGGAACCUUGAACGCACCUCGCUGUCAUUCUACAAAACCUCCACCCACAAAAACAUCUGGCUCUUCAACAUCACAGGUGACCCGUACGAGCGGCAUGACCUUGCAGACCAGAGGCCAGAUGUGGUCCAACAGCUGCUGGCUCGGCUCGCCUACUACAACCAAACAGCCGUGCCCGUUUACUUUCCACCCGACGACCCCCGAGCCAACCCCAGCCAUCAUGGAGGAGCCUGGGUACCCUGGGUGGACGAAGGGGAGGACGAGGAGGGAAAAUAUCAAGGCGUGUACAAGAAGGGCAAGAACGUUAAGAAGAAGAGGAAGAAGAAGAAGUGCCGGCUGUGCAAACUGAAGUCAUUCUUUCUGAAACUGAACACUGGGAUGAUGUCAAAUCGCAUCUGAGGUGUCAACUCAGCCAGGUGAACCUUUUCAGCCAUGAAAUAAACGUCAGUGACUUCAAACCUUUAAAAGGGUUUUAACAUUGUUGGAUCUUUACAAUCUUUAAGUUCAGCUGAAAUGAAUCUUUUACACAAACUCUCAGAGAUAUGUGGCUUUUAUCUGCAUCUUUUUCAAGUCAAAUCUGAUGAUUUUUUUUGUUUUUAGGAAACAUUAGGUCGACAUUUAAAGUACAGACAAAUAAGGGCGUCUGAAGGUCCAGCUGGACUCUCAGGAUCUCAUAUAUUAGACUGUUUUCACUGAAAUUUAAAGGGUCAGUCCACGCAAAUUAUAAAAACAUAUUUAAUCAAAUAGUCAGCUGUUAUUAUUUACUGUAAAAACAUUUUCUUAGGUUUCUGUGUCGUCGACACAAAUAGAACUUGACAGAUUUCAGAUACAAGGUGUGAUCAAAAAGUUCUGAGACUGUGCUUCUAAAAAUCAAAAAUCCUACCAGACUGAUAAUUGGCUGCCAUUGCCAUUGAGGUAUUCUCCUUGUGAAUUGAUACACUGCUCCCAGCACUCCUGGCACAUUUGGAAGUCCAGAUCUGUACGUGAGUCAGGCUCCAUCAGCGAUGACACAAAAUCUCUUCCACUGUCAAAACAGACACCCUUAAACUUGGGUUUCACUUUGGAGAAGAGGAAGAAGUCACAAGGAGCUCAAUCUGGCAAACAGGGCAGAUGGUGGGCGAUGAUUGUGUUGUUGUGGCCAAAAAACUUUGCACUGAAGCACCUGCAUACCAAUGCAUCAUAGUUCAGUUGGUUUUCUCCAAAUGUUUUCUCUCAGAUGCCUCAGGACUUUACAGCGAAACGGACAAAUUUGUUGUUGAAUGUUGAUGAAAACAGUGAGCAUGCUCCUGGUGCUCCUGACCUGAUGCACCUUGCCUGGCUUUUGAAACUGCAGCUGCUCCACUGUCAAAACUGCUGUUUGUUCUCUUAGUGGUAGCUGCAGACCCACCUCUCAUACCAGGAAAGAUCCUAGACAUGAAGGUUGAGUUAUCACAGCUUUUGACUGACAGCAUGAGAUGUUUUCUACUAUGCUACAGUUUGUGGCUGAUGUAAAAAUCCUACCAGUGGUCACAAAACCAUGUGUAGCACAGGUCCUGUUGUUGAUGACGCAACGUCAUGUAAUCUCCUCGCAUUUGACAGUAGCACAGGAUGCAACAGGAACAGUCUCAGAACUUUUUGAUUUCCCUACAUAAUCGAAAUUUUGCAGUUGCACUUGGAUAUAGUUCUAGAAAAACCACACAAAAGCAAAUCUAAACAGUCUGCAUGACCAGACGCCACUAAAGUUAGUCUAGAAAAUGUAUGUAACGAUUUGGGUGAACUGACCCUGUGGAGUUAGAAACACACCAGUGGCAUGCUGCUUAAAGGUGGUUUCAGAAACUGUUCUCUGAGUUCAAACCUGCUUGUUUCAGAUGUUUUGUUGUCUGUUACUUCUUUUUAAUUUUUGUCACAAACUGACAGAGUUCCUGGUACAAGAACUGACACUGUGCAGCAGUAAAAUAUAUUCUGACACUGUAAAUGUAGUAGAUUAUGUUGAACUCUGAGCAAAAUGGACCAGACAGCAAAAAAAUGUCUGAGGAAAGUGAUUCAGAGAGGUUUUAUUCUUGGUUUACAUCUUUAUUUCUGUUGCCCAAAUCAGGGUUUUUAAGCAAAUGUUUACUUAUGGCAUUGAACAUGCAUGUCAUUGAUAAUUUUAUAUAUAUAUAUAUAUAUAUAUAUAUAUAUAUAUAUCACCUUGUUGUUUUUCUUUGUACCAGUUGGCCAUAAACAAGGAAACUUUGGAAAGGAGUUUUAAUAUACGUAUUUUUAUAUUUUCACAGUGAUUCCAGAUGUGUUUCUGAUGUUUGUGAUGUGUUGGUUUUCUCUGUGCGUUUUGCUGUGGCUGAAACAUGGCUCUUUAUACUGUGGUUGUUUGAAUAUACUGCCAUCAGCAAGCUAGACUCUGAAUUUAAAGUAUUGUACAGUGUUUUGAAUUCACUACUGUGAGCAGCAGAAAGUGUCAUUCGAACGUGUUACUUCACAGCUUGUACACAAUAUCUGCAUUUUUUGAAAACACUGAGUGACAUCAGUUAAAACUAAACCGGCUGAGAGUUUUAUUUGUUUUAGGGAAUAAUCAAAAAAGUGACAGAUAUCAGAAAGCACUGAAUUAAGUUGAGAGGUUAAUUUUUUUAGCAAAGAACUUAAAACACUCACUGCUCUGGUUUUACUGUCCCUUUAAUACCUGUGUAACGGUCUGUCCAGUCCAAUAAAAGUAACAGUCACUUCAACCUGCUCAGAAAGCUACUCGUCUCUUGCUAAAUGUAAAGUAGCAUGAUGAUUUUGUUGUCAAUAAAAGCUCCAGUGUUCAGAAGACAGCAGAGGAGGAAGUGAAAAGUGUUUACCAGCAUCAGCAGCCUCUUUGAAGUCAGAUGUUGGUUUUCUCCCCUCCAGCAAGACACCUAGCCUCUAAAUAUUUCCGUGUAUUUGCUCAAUAAGUAACAAACCCCGACUGUGGCCGUUCUGCAACAGUGCACGGCAGUGUGAGCGUCGAGCAGAGCGUUCCUGAGAAACGGUUUAAAUGGACGUUUGAUUUCUCCACCCUGAGUAAAUAAAGGUCGAGUAAAAUGAA